CAUUUUUCGUUUUUAAGCAUGUAUUCCAGGAUAUAGUUAAAUUACCAAAGGUGGAAUAAUGGAUGGGAGAGGUCGGGCACGCAUAAGUGUUUUAUCAAGGAGAGGACAUGGCAGAGGAUUUUCACACCGGUCCUCAAGAGCUGAGACCAUGCCACAGCAGCAGGCACCUGUCACUGUUCUCAUGAAGAAACCUCAAGAAUCCACUUCACCAUCUCCAAGCCCUGCACCUCCCAUCGCCACCAAAAAGGAGGACCUUCGUGUUGGUGGGAUCCCAGCUCAGCCAAAGAUAGCAAUGCCUGAAACACCUGCAGUGAAUCCUCUCACUUCUCCUCCCUUGAUGAAAGCAUCAAUGAAACUCAUGGAUCCUGAGAGCUUGAAGUUUUCUGAAUCUUGUCUGGAAUUCCUCCUUGAUCACCCAGAAUGCCUAGUUGUUGGCUGCAUUGGAUUACAGGGUGUUGGAAAAUCCACCAUUCUCUCUCUCCUCUGUGGGGGAAAGCUGAAUGACUCCAAGUCCUUUCCAUUCAUGGCUGAGACACCAGAGCAGCUGGAGAUGUCAGAGCAUUGCACCAAUGGGAUUCGCAUAUUUGCUUCGUUUGAAAGAGUCAUCUUUCUAGAUAUGCAGCCUCUCAUGUCCCCCUCUGUCAUGGAUAGACUUGCACAGAAGGAAAAGAAAUACAGCUUUGAUUAUGGCUGCCUCCAUACUACCAUAGAAAUUCAAGCUUUGCAAAUGGUGGCUCUCUUCCUCAACAUCUGUCAUGUUGUCCUUGUUGUUCAGGAUUUUGUUUUGGAUCCAAACAUCAUUCGGCUCGUUCAGGCUGCCGAAAUGUUGAAGCCAUAUGGCCUGAGUCCAGAAGACCCAGAAUCUUUCCCACAUGUUGUCUUUGUGCACAAUAAAGUCCACCCAGAUGAAUUCCAAGCUGAAGCUAUCAUUGCCAUCCAGGUUAGCUACUUUUCUACAUCUCUUCCCAUUAACCCUUCUAGCGGGGUAUGA